AACCAAACAAGCUAAAUCUACCCGCGCUCUGCCUGCCUCGCCAUCGCCGGCCGGCCGCCGAUCGAGUAAUUGCGCAGCGCACGCAGCUCAUCAUCCACUAGACUAAUUACUUCGGGAGGGCGACAUGACGGACGUGGAGCUGAGAGUGGAGGCCCUCAGCCUGAGCGACGUCUCCGCCAUCCCGCCGGAGUACGUCCGCCUGGAGGAGGAGCGCACAGACCUCGGCGACGCCCUGGAGGUCGCCCGGGCCGCGUCCGACGACGCCGACGCCGCCCGCAUCCCCGUCGUCGACAUCUCCGCGUUCGACGGCGACGGCAGGCGCGCGUGCGUGGAGGCGGUGCGCGCGGCGGCCGAGGAGUGGGGCGUCAUGCACAUCGCCGGACACGGCCUCCCGGGCGACGUCCUCGACCGCCUGCGUGCCGCGGGCGAGGCGUUCUUCGCGCUGCCCAUCGCGGAGAAGGAGGCGUACGCCAACGACCCGGCGGCGGGGCGGCUGCAGGGGUACGGCAGCAAGCUCGCCGCCAACGCCAGCGGGAAGAGGGAGUGGGAGGACUACCUGUUCCACCUCGUCCACCCGGACCACCUCGCCGACCACUCGCUCUGGCCGGCGAACCCGCCGGAGUACGUCCCCGUGUCGCGCGACUUCGGCGGCCGCGUCCGGACCCUCGCGUCCAAGCUGCUCGCCAUCCUCUCCCUCGGCCUCGGCCUGCCAGAAGAGACGCUGGAACGGCGCCUGAGAAGACAUGAUCAGCACGGCGUCGACGACGACCUGCUUCUCCAGCUCAAGAUCAACUACUACCCGAGGUGCCCGCGGCCUGACCUCGCCGUCGGCGUCGAGGCACACACCGACGUCAGCGCGCUCUCCUUCAUCCUCCACAACGGCGUGCCGGGACUGCAGGCGCACCACGCCGGGACCUGGGUCACCGCGCGCUCCGAACAGGGCACCAUCGUCGUCCACGUCGGCGACGCCCUGGAGAUCCUCACCAACGGCCGGUACACCAGCGUGCUCCACCGCAGCCUCGUCAGCCGCGACGCAGUGCGCGUCUCCUGGGUCGUCUUCUGCGAGCCGCCGCCGGAGUCCGUGCUGCUGCAGCCGCUGCCGGAGCUGCUCGCCAACGGCGCCGGCAAGCCGCUCUUCGCGCCGCGCACAUUCAAGCAGCACGUGCAACGCAAGCUGUUCAAGAAGCUCAAGGAUCAGCAAGACAACAAUGCCGCAGCUGCAUCGAACGGAAUUAUACCUAAAUAAUUGCAACUAGCUUGAUGGCCCAGGCAAGGCUAGCACCCAUACAAAAUUAUAUAUAUUUUUUAUAUGAUUUUACUUAAAAUUUAUUAAAUAGCUAUCUACAUGUCUUAAGAGUUUGAAAGUCCAAACCUUAUAUCAUCCUUAUGUUUCUAAUUUUAUAGUUUUUAAAAGUCACACCAGUUGCUAGUUGCUACCCUUACUUAUGUCAUUUCCUUCUUUAUUUGUUUGCUCGAUCUACCAUUGUUUCUAUUUAUUCUCUAUAUAUUUUUUAGAGUUUAUUGUCUCGUUAGGUUUCAUUUUCAUAAUUUCUAGAAAUCUCGUCAAAUGCUGUCAUUAUAAUUCUCUGCGGCCCGUCCACUACCUAUUCUCUUUAUUAUCAUUGCGAUUUUAAAAAUCGAACAUAAUUAUCGUUUGGAUUCUUUUUUUUACUUUCUAGAAGUCCGUUAGUGGCUUUGUCAUUGUACUCUUUUAUGGCACGCGUUGCCUCCUUUCUUUAUAGUCAUUGAUAUUUUAAAAUCGAACAUACUUAUCAUUGGGGUUUAUUAUUUUUUUUUACUUUUUAGAAGUCUCGAACCUUUAAAAAGUAUACAUCGUAGCUUUUAGAGUUUAUUGUCACGUUGAGUUUCGUUACUCUAAAUUUUAGAAGUCCCGUCAAAUGCUGCCACUAUACUCCUCUAUGGUCCGUCCCCUACUCUUUAUUGUUAUUGGGAUUCUAAAAAUUGAACAUAAUUAUCAUUGCAAUUCAUUUUUAACUUUUUAGAAGUUCCGCUAACUAUCGUCGGCUUUGCCACUGUACUCCAGUAAGACCCGCCCAAUGCCUCUCUUUUUUAUUGUCAUUGAGAUUUUAAAAUCGAAUAUAAUUAUCUUUGGGGUUCAA